CGGGCCCGCGCCUCCCCCCGCCACCCACCUGCCUCUCACUUCUCCUUUCCCGGCCUGGGUCCCCCGCUGAUCUGCGGUCUCCUCGCGGGCUCAAGGGUCUGGCAGACUGACUCUGCCAUUCGUCCCCCCACUAAAUGCCCACUGGGAGCCGAGAAGGGGAACUCGUUCCUGACCUGUGCUCUGCUCUCAAACCCUCGCUGCAAAGCCUCUGAGGUCACGAUCCUGUGACCCAUUUUACGGGGGAGGAAGUGGGGGAUUGAUGCCGCGAAGGCUGUCACCGUGGCCUUGCGAGACGGCACGCUGACUCAGCGUCCCAAGUUCCAAAACUGGCUUCUGGGAAGGAAGGAGACAAGGUCAAGAGACCCGUCCCUCCGCCCCACCUCCUCCCAGCUGAUGGGAGAAGGAUUCGCAGGCUCAUUUACAGAUCAAGUUCACUCUGCUCAGCCUGGGGCCAUGGGGAGGAAAAAAAUUCAGAUCUCGCGCAUUCUGGACCAGAGGAAUCGGCAGGUGACUUUCACCAAGCGCAAGUUUGGGCUGAUGAAGAAGGCCUAUGAGCUGAGCGUGCUCUGUGACUGCGAGAUCGCCCUCAUCAUCUUCAACAGCGCCAACCGCCUCUUCCAGUACGCCAGCACCGACAUGGACCGCGUGCUGCUGAAGUACACGGAGUACAGCGAGCCCCACGAGAGCCGCACCAACACCGACAUCCUCGAGACAUUGAAGCGGAGGGGUGUGGGCCUUGAUGGGCCAGAGCUGGAGACAGACGAGGGGCCUGAGGGACCAGGAGAAAAGCUGCGGCGGCUGGCAGGUGAUGGAGGUGACCCAGCCCUGCCCCGGCCCCGGCUCUAUCCAGCAGCACCCACUAUGCCCGGCCCGGACAUGGUGUAUGGGGCCCUGCCCCCACCAGGCUGUGAUCCCACUGGGCUUGGGGAAGCCCUACCUGCCCAGAGCCGCCCGUCUCCCUUCCGACCAGCAGCCCCCAAAGCUGGGCCCCCAGGUCUGGCACACCCUCUCUUCUCACCAAGCCACCUCACUAGCAAGACACCACCCCCACUGUACCUGGCAGCAGACGGGCGGAGGCCAGACCUGCCCGGUGGCCUGGCUGGGUCCCGAGGGGGUCUUAGCACCUCGAGAAGCCUCUAUGGUGGUCUGCAGAGCCCCAGCACCACCUCGGCCCCGGGACCCCCUCUGAGCAGCUUCCCUUUUCUCCCUGCAGGCCCCCCAGGUACCUCCCCCCACUCCUUGUCUGGGAAAUGUCCACACACCUCCCGGCUGUGGGUUCCCCCAGGGGCAACCCGCCCAAACAGAAAACUGGCCUGUGGGGUCAGCCUGGCUUGGGCCACCAGCUCAGAGAGGUCUCCUCUCUCAGGCUACCCCUCCUGCCCACCAGAAUAUAGCCUGGGAGACCCCCCGCCGCCCCCUGGCUUGCUGCAGCCCCCCACCCUGACUCCUUGGCAGUCCUCAAGAGGGGAUGGACCCCCAGCCACCCCCGCCCAGUCCAACGGCGGCCGCAGCCUGGGCGAGGAGGGUCCCCCCACCCGCGGCGCCUCUCCUCCAGUCCCUGCAGUCAGCAUCAAGUCCGAGCGCCUCUCGCCGGCCCCCGGGGGCCCGGGCGACUUUCCCAAGACCUUCCCCUACCCUCUGCUCCUCGCUCGGCCCCUGGCAGAGCCCCUGCGGCCCGGGCCUUCCCUGCGACGGCUGUCUUCCGCGGACAGCUGGCCCCGGUAAUGGACCGGAGGGUGGCACUGGCCCAGUUCCCUCGCCCAGCAGGACGAGGGCACGUGGAGACCAAGUCUCCCCUCCGGCCUCCGCAGAUGAAAUCCAGCAAUCACUGGCCGCCUCCGUCGUGGGGGCGUGGAGAGGGACGCUG